AUGAUUUUAAGGCCUUUUGUCCCUGUUAUCAAGGAACAACUAGGGCUUUAUGCUCCUGACCUCACAAGGGCAGACCCAAGAACUAGGGAUUUUAUAUCGGCAUCUUUAGGAAGAAUAAGGAUAUUCGCUCUUCCUCCUUCCAAAUCGACUAAUUCUUCAUCAGCUCUUGUUGAAUACAUGUCUCCCAAAUCAAAUCAGGAAGAUGAGGACCUCGAGAUGGACAACUUUGUAUUGCCCCCAUCUGAGUCAACUCGAAUCUUGAAGGACAAGGAAAUAAUUUGUGUGAAAAGAAAAGAAAUGGCUUUGGUUGAAGCAAUACAUGGGGCAGAUGCUGGUAAUUUACUUGACUAUCCAGAAGUCAACAGGAAAGAACCUGUAAAUAAUGGCAUGUUACUUUUAGAAAAUGAAGAGUUUGAUAAGGAAACUGGAGGAUACCAAAGUGAAUCUGAGGAUGCUAAAGAUGAAGAGUUGGAAGAUGAACCUUCACCUAUACAAACAACUUCUAAGAAAAUAAAAGCCUCUAAAACAUCUAGGAGCUCAAAGACAAAGAGGAGUGAAGAAUAUCUAGAAGACAAUGUCCAAGGAAUUGAACAAGCCUCUACUACACCUGAUGGGGAUAAAAAGGGCCCUAGUAGAAGUGCUAGAAGGAAAAAGGCUAAGAGACAAUGGAAGCAAGAACUUACUAAAAUUUCACAAAAGCCUGAUACUGAUACCCAUCUAGAAGGGACAAAUGACCACCCGAAGGGGCAUGAAAAGAGUCUAACAGAAGAAGAAGAAGAAGAAGAAAUUGUAAUAGAUGGAUCUUGGUAUCAGGAAGAAGGGGCUGAUUCUCUUAGGGAAUGUGUAUCAUCAUACAGGGUUUCAUUGAUGCUUAUCACAUGUGUUUGUAUUUUGGUUGUUGACAACAUUGAUGUAUUUUUGAAUUGA